CACCUCCAGUUUACCUACUGUACCUCCCGACAGUACUGUGCCUUCCUUACUUCGCAUCGAUCUCCUUGCAAAGUGACUUGAACCACUCACUCAUUUUUAACAAAACAGAAUGAAAUCAUCCGGGUUUUCCAGUUGCAUUCCAAAGACGAUAGCCGAGACCAUGGAGAAUGCAAGCAAGCCAAACUCCUGGAGAAACCCUCGGACCGACCCUAAAGUCCUCUUCGGGCCCUUCGUCAACUCUCCCGCAACGCAGAUGUUUCUAGAGUCAUUCAAGACGGGUUUCGUUCGGUGGUGUGUUUCCGCGCUUAUAGACCGCUUCCUCACAACCCCUUACAAGCUCGAAGCUGUCUUGGUUCUUUUCUACGGCAAGCUGUUUGGCCGAGACAAAAACCUCACGAUAUCCCAGUCAUUUUUAACUAUUGCUCAAGCCUCGUUCAUUUUUAUUCCAUGGGUCUGGCUUUUCGACUUCUCCCAAGGGCGGGAGGCCCGCGAUUACUGCACGGUGUUGUCUCUGAUCUUUGGGGGUGUUCAUCGGCCCAUUGUCAGCUACAUGGCCUUCCGGAACACGGACGAGGAAAAUCUUGGUGAUUUCGUGAAGGGAGUCGUACCUACCGCAUCCUUCAUCGCCAUCGACAUUGUGUUUCUGGUUCUGCGAGCAGUCUGGCGCCAUUUCAGGUUCAUGUUCGGUUUCAUUACCGCAGGGACUGUGAUCUGGUGGUCAUUAGGGGCCGUUUCCGGUGUUCUACCGGCGUUUGAUCCUCGACAGAUUGUGAGGCGUGGGAUAUGGGGCCUUUCAUCUGGAGCAGCAAGAUUGGGUUUCCGAAUUUACGAUAUAGUGGUCGGCGGUACGCGAAACGCCAACAGCGCCAUCGAGGCCUGGGAGAUGCGGCGGGCAGCUUCGAAAAUGUCAGCUCUGCCCGAGUAUGCUUAUUCACCUCUGGAUGCGGCAAAUCAUGAGUUCCGCAUCUUGCGACUACGGCGCAGGACGUUGCGAGCUGAGCUGGUUUGCGACUUCAUCCAAGUACCCGUGGAUGAAGCUCCACCGUUUGAGGCCAUCUCAUACGCCUGGGGCGGAGAACAGUUGACUGAAGCCAUCAUGGUAGACGGCAAACGGCUUACCGUUACCCCGACGGUGCUAAAACUACUAUGGUAUAGGCGAUCUUUCUUCAGCGAGGCCUAUCUCUGGAUUGACGCCCUUUGUAUUGAUCAGCGCAACCAGGUCGAGAAGGAGGACCAGAUCCCACUCAUGCGAGAUAUCUACAAGAGAGCGUCCCGUACCCUUGUCUGGUUGGCCCAUCCAUGUGACGCGCCCCGUGCUCACAAAGCACGGGGCCUUUCCAUGAAUAUUAUCUCUUUGGGGACAAGAAUGGAGUCAGGCGCCUUGUCGGCUGAUCAGGUUCUCUACAUGCUCAGCAGCGAUUCCGGCAUGCCAACGCUGGCGUCCCUGCUUUCCCGGACCUUCUUUGAGAGGCUAUGGGUGGUACAGGAGAUUGCCCUGGCCAAAAAGGUGCAUGUCCUGUACGGGGACAUUACGGUGGAGUGGGACAACCUUGCCACCGUCGCCAAAUUUUUGGGUGACCCGCGGCUGAUGGGCAGCCUGAGAGGUGGUGACGGCAGCCUGAAAGGGGUUGACGAGUGGCCAUUGCGUAUGGAGGAAAUGAUGAGGGCUAUACGGAACGUCGCAAACAUUGUCAGCAUCAACAUGCUGCGCCGGGCUCAGGUUUACGACAUGCUGCUGCUGAGCCUCAGCCAGGCCAUGGCUUACGCCCUGUCAAAUUUCCGGACAACAAUACCACACGACAGGAUCUUCGGUGCUCUCAGCCUCGUGUCGGAUGGCGCUGUCUUGGUUGGCCGCCCAAACUAUGAAGAACCUGUACGCGACCUAUACACUCGUGUCGCCCGACGAAUUAUCGACUGCGACUCAUCGUUUUCUGUUCUUGAGCUUGCCGGAACCGGGUACGGGAAGCGCAUUGAUGGACUUCCUUCCUGGGUUCCAGACUUGACCAGGGGGAAUCAAGGAAAGCGUGUCUCGUUGUCAGCCUCGUCCUUCUUCAGGAAUCGCCGCGUUUCCCCCAACUCUGUACCAGCCGACUCGUCCUUGGAUUACAACGGCAGCUUCACGCUCGAUAUGGAAUUACGGAUUGAGGGCAUCGUAUUUGACGCGAUAAGCCAUAUUCAGGAUGCAACUUGCAUGUCACUAGCGCUAUACAGCGACUUUGGACUCAGCGAUGAUACCGCAGACGACUUCAUCGACCAGCUCUGCAACUGGUAUGAGGAAGCACGAGCUCUUGCAUCAAACGACAGCAAGACUCGCAGUCUCUACGGAUCUAGACUGCAAGCAGAGUUCUUCAACGCUCUCAUGAGCUGUGCGGCAUACAGUAACUCAGUCGGCAGUGGACUGACGGUUGACUUGCUCGAAAAUGCUCUACAGGCAGCUAAACAGUCAUACCAGGACCCGUCGUUCAACUACAGUCUUCACUUAAAGAAGCUCCAAAGCGAGAGGGGCCUCAGUGAGGCAGAAGUGCACGCUUUGCUGUCGGGCUUUAACCAGGUCUUGUCCGCAAUGGGCGAAUCCGCUGGAGGCAAGCGGUUCGCGACUCUAGCAUCAGGACGGAUGGCUCUGGUGCCCCCGGGAUCACGACCUGGCGAUACCAUCUGUUACAUCCGGGAUACGUCUGUUCCGUUUGUGAUCAGACCGGCUGCAGGCAAGGGUUAUUAUGAGCUUGUUGGAAGUUGCUAUGUGCAUGGAGUCGAAGAUGAAUGUACGAAGGAUGAGGGCUGGGAGGGUAUGACUCUUGUUUGAGCUUACUAGGGACGGACCGAUCAAAGGCACUGCAAUUGCCUUAGUUUGUGGAGAUAGAGAGGUACCCUGGCUGUCAGGAGUAGGAGUACCUGUCAGGAUAUGAGACAUAUGGCGGAGAUAGUCCCAUACAUAGUAUAACCAAAGUACUAUAGAACUCUCAUGGAAAUUCAAGACGCUCAAAGAG